AUGGAUCUUGCUUACGAUCAUAUUCAAGAGGAGGCUCUAUCUCCCGAUGAGCCAUCUGCCAAAGAGGAGAAGAAGCCUGAAACCACCAUCAACGCAGACUUCCAAGAAGCGUACAAGGCAAUCUCUUCUAGCCCGUGGGGUGCCAGAUUGGGAGGCUUCUUUGGAAGUGUUGUCAAGCAGGGAGAGAGUGUUUACAAAGAGGCCCAGAAAGAGCUCACUGAGGUGGGACAAGAAGCUUCGCAAGGCUUCACUGAUCUCAGAUCAUCCAUAAUCAAGCGCACAAGAGGACUCUCACUCGCCCAAACACAAGCUACAGGAUCAGGAGAGAAAGCCACCGAUGCAGAGGGUGAGAGGGAGUUAUCCACAUAUGAGGCACUCAAGGAGUCCGAGGGUGUACUUGCUAGAUUACGAUCCGAAGCUGCGAAGCGAUUAAAGGAGAUUGAAAAGGCCGAAGAUGCUGCGGAUGAGGCGCUGCUGAAGUUCGGGACAAACAUACGGAAUUUCCUGAGAGAUGCUGUCACGAUUGCGUCCCCUUCUGCAGAGUCAGGGAAAGGCAGCACAGUUCUGUUUGAGAGCAAGGAUGCUUCUGGAAAGCGGGUUAUCCAUACAACACGAUUCGAUGCCCAAUUGCAUGUCAUCCAUUCUUCGCUCGACAGCUUCACGAAAGACCCAGUCACUGAGGAGUACGAACCGUGGACCAAAACUUUUAAUGUGGAGAGCAAAACAGAGGACAUCAGCAAGGAUCUGGAGAACUUUGGCGAGCUGAGGACUUCGAUGGAGAAGCUUGUCCCUGAUACUGUUACAUAUGAGGAUUUCUGGAAACGGUACUACUUCCUGAGACAUAGCAUCGAAACUGCGGAGGCCAGGAGAAGAGAGCUACUGAAAGGUGCAGCAGCUGAAGCAGAGGAAGAAGUUGGGUGGGACGAGGACUCUGAGGAUGAAGGUGCUGGUAAGGCCACCAAAGCAAAGACUGAGGUCGUCCGACCUGCAUCGACAGAGUCAUCUACCACUCUCCAUCCAGCUAUUCAAGCCCCAGACCACGCCCUUCUCAAGCCAGAAGAAUCACGAAAGUCGCACGACGAGAAAUCUCAGGCAGACAGUGAUGGUUCCUAUGAUGUCGUUGGUGCAGCUUCUGGAGCUCCAAGUCGCGCCCCUGGCAGCCCCAAGGAUUCCAGGAAAGGGGAGGACAGCGAAGAAGAGGACUGGGAGUAG